AUGACGAGCAAGCGCAAACGCGAACCCGCGAACGAGAACGAGAACGAGGCGGAGCGGAAGCUGAAGCGGCAGCGUCGCCGCAAACGCUCCCGCAGCGAGCCGCUUAUGAACGAUUCGGACAGCGCCGAGAAACGGCAGGCGCUGAAGCGUCUCUUCGGGCGCAUUUGCUCCGUCGAACUGGACGCCAACCACGGCGAGGGGCCGGUGGACAACCGCGAGUUCGACAGCGGCAACUACGGCGACGAGAACGAGGACCCUCUUUUGGACACGGUGCCCGUCGACAUGGACCCAGAGCAGCUUGGGUUUUUGGUGUGCGCCCAGGAGACCCUGCGUUUCCUGCACGGUCGCGGCAUACCGAUCGAGCAUCCGGUCUUCGCCCGCUUGCGCUCGCGCCUUCUACGUGGCAUCGGCGAGAUGGCGGUGGCC